UGCGUAACUCAGUCAGACAUCAACGUUGUUGAAAUUAACAACGAGAUCAAAAUAUGUGAAACAAAUAAAAUUACCUGAAAUUUUUGUCAAAUAUGAUAAGUCAACGUGAAGCAGACGAAAUUGCAUUUACUAAUGACCUUACCGGAGAUAUAAAGGACAAAAAAUUGGCAAAAGCAAGCAAAAGUCUCAGACAGACAUUAAUUAAAGAGAAUAAAGAAUCAGAUGAAGCCAGAGUUUCUGCAGCAAUAGAAAUCCAGAGGGUGUACAGAGGAUACUCAACAAGAUGUAAUGUAUAUGGCACCUUGAAUCCCAAAGUGAGCAAGACAGCUGUAUACAGUAAAAGUCAGGAUGAUGAGGCGAGGAUCCGACAGGUGGCUGAUGAACAGGUUGUGGAGUUUAAUCCACCAUCAGAGCAAGAUGAAAUAAGAAUUAUUUAUGAGGAAUAUCUCAUCACCUAUGAUAACAAGGAUCAAGACCCUUUAACCUAUGAGGAGUUUGCUGAGCGGUAUAUGGAGGCCCUGAGGGAGAGCCAACAGUCACUGGAGACCCCCGCUCUAGUCCAGCCCCCACCCCCCACUGCUGCCCAACCCACCCCCUUUGUGCCAAAAACCAGAUCUCGUCUCACAGAGAGACAAGCAGCAGGGAUUAUACAAAGAGCCUGGAGGAGACAUAUAGAUAUACAAGUGUAUAGGUAUUACAGAGAUCUAAUUAAUUUUAAGACCCGAGGAAACCCUGCCUUGAUGCUGAGGUGUAUUAAUCCUAACGAGGCCAAACUCCUGGAUGCAGCCUCAGGGGUCCAUGUUAAGUUCAGACUGGCAGGAGAUAGAUUUCCUCCCAACAUAUACUACAAGAUCUUCACCCAUAGGCCAGUCCAAGAUAUGUGUGCUAACAGUCCUAAGGAUUACACCCAGCCCUCUGUUAAACUAGCAAUGGCAAAAGAUAAACACAGUAAUAUCAGAAUACAAGGAGUUCAGGAUGAUAAGACUAACUGGUAUAAAAGGAUAGAGAAUAAUGGCUGGAGACUGGUGUCAGAUCGUCUUGUUCAACACCUGACUGACCCCAUCACCUGGGAAACCAGCAACAAAAAAUACCAGUACUCACAUGAUAAGCUUCAAAGAAAGCAAGAUGUUGAGAAAAGAAAAAAGAAGAGGAAGAUUGAAUGGAUGCAGAAAAUGUACCAGGAGGGGAUGUUGAAGGCCAAGUCAGAUGACCCCGAGACUGUGAACCUGAUUGAGGGGGCAGCGGCGGGGAUGGUAGCCACCGUGGAGAAGAUGGGCCCCGACGCCCUGGAGGACUGGGAGGUGGACGAACUCUUAGACUGGACCACCAGUCUUAACUUUGAUGAAUAUCUAAAUAACUGGAAAGAUACAGCCACAAGUGCAUAUUCAGAGAAACAAGUUGUCAUGAAACAAUCAAAGGAUGAUCGAGUACGGCUGAUGACUGGUACACUGGAUCCCUAUGAAUUCUCCAUCUCGACCGGUCCCUCGCGCUAUCAAUCUACCCAGCAUUCCAGGAAUACACCAGCAUCCAGUGUGUCAGGGCAACUCCAGGUCAAUGGGUGAAGGUCAUCUUCAAGGUGAAGUUUUAUCAGAGGUCACCUUCAAUUUUGAUGUCACAAAAAAAAACUUUUGACAUUGUAUUCUAGGAAUUGCAGAAGUUUUAUUUUCUAUUUUGUGUAAGAUUCAGAAUUCACUGCAGAUUUUUUACCACCAUGAUGGGAUAUUUUAUUCUCUUCAGAAUGUCUUUUGUUUCAAACUAAUGGCAUUUAAUUUCCAUAAUUAUACAGUUUUGUGCCUGUUGAUUUUAUUUGCUCAUUAUUAAUUUUGCCUUUUGCAUAAGAUCAUGUGUGAAAUCAGUUUUUAUCUGACUGUGAUAUAGAAAGUAAAUUUAAACUCAUACUUGGUUGUUAACAGAACAAUGCCUUAUAUUUAUGUAUAUGCCUUACAGAAAAUUGUUUUU